AUGGGCGAGUCCAACGUCAACGUCAACGUGAACGUCAACCCCGACCAGGAUGCAGACGCCAUUCGCCUCGAAGCAGCCCUAGGCACCAAGCCAGAGCUCGUCCGCGGCUUUGGGUUAUUCAGUCUAACGAGCCUGGGAAUCAUCAUUGCCAAGUACGUACCCCCCUCAUCUCCCAGCACUGCCAGGGUGCAUGGUAACAAGUACAGCUCCUGGGCCGCAACAGGCGGCACCAUCGUGACAGCCCUGUACAACGGCGGCCCCAUGGCCGUGCUCUACGGCCUGAUCGUGGUAAGCAUCUUCUACGCCUGCAUCUCGGCGUCGCUGUCCGAGCUCGCAUCCGCGAUCCCCUCCGCCGGCGGCGUCUACCACUGGUCCUCCGUGGUCGCAGGCCGCCACGGCCGCGUCGUCGGCUUCUUCACGGGGUACCUGAAUGCGUGUGCGUGGCUUCUGUCCGCUGCAUCCAUGAGCUCGAUUCUCGGCAAUGAGGCGGUUGCCAUGUACCUCCUGCGCAACCCGGACGUCGAAUGGCACGCCUGGCAGCCGUUCAUCGUCUUCCAGAUCGUGCUGUGGAUGUGCUGUGCCAUUGUGUGUCUGGGGAAUAGGUGGCUGCCAAUGUUGAACCGGGUUGCGCUGGUGCUGAGCAUGGGGGGGUUGUUUGUGACGGUUGUGGUUCUGGCUGUUAUGCCGAAGAGCGGGAACCGCGCGAGCAAUGCGCAGGUUUGGCGGAUCUAUUAUAAUGAGACGGGGGGCUGGAGCGAUGGGAUUUGUUUCCUGUCUGGACUCCUGAAUGCCGCGUUUGCGGUGGGCACGCCGGACUGUAUUAGCCAUUUGAGCGAGGAGGUCCCCCACCCCGACCGCAAAGUGCCCCAAGGCAUAAUGCUGCAACUCCUCACAGCCUUCCUCACAACAUUCAUCUACCUCAUCGCCCUCUUCUACGGCAUCUCCGACAUCGCCGCCGUCUUCGAUACCAAGAUCCAGUACUUCCCCGUCGCCGAGAUCUACCUGCAAGCGACUGGCUCGACCGCCGGCGCCGUCGCCCUCAUCGCCCUGCUUUUCCUCGCGACCUUCCCAACCCUGAUCGGAACCCUCACCACCGGCGGCCGCAUGUGGUGGUCGCUCGCACGCUCGAACGCCACGCCUUUCGCGACGACUCUGGCACGCGUCCAUCCAACCCUCGACUGCCCCGUUAACGCGACGGUCGCUAUGAGCAUCAUGGUUUCGUGUCUGGGGUGUAUAUACGUUGGGUCGACGACGGCGUUCCAAGCGUUGAUCUCAUCAUUCAUUGUGCUGAGUACGCUGAGCUACGCGGGCGCUAUCAUCCCUCAUAUCCUUACGAAGCGGUGCAUGGUCAUCCCUGGCCCGUUUAAGAUGAGUGCGGUGCUCGGGUACAGCGUUAACGUUGCGAGUGUGCUGUAUAUUCUCGUCACGGUGGUCUUCUUCUGCUUCCCCUUCGUGCUGCCCGUCACGGUGCAGAAUAUGAAUUACACCAGUGUCAUUACGGUUGGCCUUAUGGCCUUGGUUCUGGUUUGGUGGGUUGUUAGGGGGCGCGGGGAGUAUCGGGGGCCGGUUUAUAGUGUUGAGGCGGCGGAGAAACUUGCUGGAGGCGCGUGA